AUGUCAACAGAGCUCACAAUUUUGACGGAGAAGGAAGCUACACAAUGCACCCCUCUUGAUAUGGGCUUUUACGGUCAUUUGCUCAAGUUAUUUGUUACACAUUGUCCGGACACAUUGAGUGGUCUCACGCGACUGAAACUGGAGAAUUUGAGGCUACUGGAGUCAGACUUCCAUGAACUUUUCGAAUUAUUUAAGCAACUGGAGUUCCUACUCUUGGACAACUGUGGCAUGAAGUUUCCGUCCUUGCUAGAAGUGGAACACCCACGACUCCGUGAACUUGCGAUUCUCAGGAGUAGUUUUGAGACGGUGGAUCUGAAGUGGCUUCCUGAGCUCAGAACGCUGACCUUUUCUUGUUGGCUACCUCAACAUGAUGAUCCUUUAUCUUUUGGUCAUGUCCCGCUGCUCCACACGGUCAGCAUUAGUAAUAAGGCUGGCUUGUCGCACAAGAUGCUCAAGUUAAGUGAAUUUCUUCGCAAAACAACCUUGAGCAACCUGCACGUGAACUUCCAAAGUGAAAAGAUUUGGGUUAAACCUGAAGGUCUAAGAGAAUUUGUUGUAUUAGGAUUAGCGUGCGAGGUGGAGCACGUGGAGGAGAAAGAAAAUGAUGUUGCUGAAAAUGAUAACACUCAAUUGUCGCAGGUGUUCAAGAAGCUAAGGUUUGUGAAUUUGUCUGGCAUUUCAGAAGAAUGUGACUUGACUUGGACAAUGUUCGUUCUGCAUGGUGCACCUUUCCUCGAGGAGCUAUGCAUCAGGGUUUGCGACUGUUUGGGGAUAUGGGAGAAAAAAACGCUCACAUGUAGCAAGGAGAGGAAGGACGCAGAUGCAAAAUGGGAAACGUCUGCAUCUGAUUUCAAGCACCACAACCUUUCAGUGCUCAGGAUCAUUGGGUUUCAGUCAGAAGAUAAGUUUGUGAAUUAUGUCACAGCUGUCAUGGAAUCAGCAGUCAAUCUGAAGGAAAUAUACCUGCAUGAGAAGCCAGUGUGCGAGAAGUGUAUGUAUGAUCACCGGCCAAAGAAUAGGUACCCGCGGACAAAGAGCCAGAGGACCUUGGUUAUUAACAGUUUUGGCAUGGAUAUGCGCCCGCUUUUAACUCUUCACUUCCCGAGUUUAAGAGAACAGUGUAAUGGUUCUGCUGGGUGACAAGAAAACAUAUGUUAUGGUCUUGAUGAGCACUUAUUUGUGUAGUUCUUAUUUUACACUUCGUUUACAUUUGCA